AUGUGCUGCAAUUGCUGCUGGCUGGCCCUGCUGGCUGGCUGUGCCCUGCGCUGUCCUGCUGCGUCCUGCUGCAACCUUUACGCUUUAUUGGGUAACGACGUCUCCGGUGACGAGGAGGAGUUCGUUGCACCAAAGGAGAUUGUUGCUCCACAAAAGUCCACCAAGAAGAGUGGCGAGCCACCAAAGGCUGACAAGACCAAGGCCAAGGGCGGCAAGCCUAAGGCAUCUGGCAACGAGGCCGGCGUCAGAUUCAACAACAAGAACAGAGACAGCGAGGGCCCAGCCACCACCCAGAGAAAGACCGGCAAGGACAAGAAGUUUGACAGACACUCCAGAACCGGCAGAGAGGAGACCGCCAAGGCCGAGCACAACAGAUUGGGCGACGAGGCCGAGGCCCAGAUCGAGGGCGAGGAGGACGCCGAGGCUGAGAUCCAAGAGGCCGUUGCUGCCGGCGAGGAGAAGCCACAGCUGAGAUCCGCUGCAGACUUCUUCCAGGAGCUCGAGGCCACCGAGUUCUACAAGACCAAGAAGGUUGCUGCCCCUGCCUCCGACGCCAUCAGCGCGGACAAGCUGGUUGUCAAGGUCAGCGAGGACUUCAUCCCUUCCACCGCGGAGAAGAAGCUCAAGCAGAAGGCCAAGAAGGAGAAGAAGUUCCUCGACGUCAACAUCACCGUCACCGACGGCUACGACAAGCCGGAGAGACCAGAGAGAUCCGACUUCCAGAAGGGUCCUGCUGCUUCCCGGAAGCCAAGAGGCGGCAAGAAGUUCGCCGGCAAGCCAAGACCUGCCAAGAAGCCUACCGGCCAGUUCAACGAGCAGAACUUCCCUGCCCUAUGA